UUCAUUACCUCCCUGCUUUGCCGCUAUUUGCUAUUACUUUGCGACAGCUGCAACCCCCCCCCUCCCAAAGACCAGCAUUAGAGUAUAGAGAAUGCCCUUGAAUCCUUUCUCAACAAUUGCUCUCCAGACUGCCGUGGUGGUGACCACUCUGGGAUUCACCCCGGCCCUGUCAAGCCUGAGGCCUGGCGCAUUGGUGAUUGUCGCACUAUGCACUGGCCAUUGCAUCUCCACCUCCUUGGGAUACUUCGUUCGGACACCAUGGGCCAGCCUCGCAGGCGGUUAUUCGGUCAUGUUACUGCUCCAUUAUGUCGACAUAGGGCUGUUGACACAGUGGGAAUUUGUCGACCUCUCCCCGACGAAGUCGCCCAAGACGCUAACUUCGACCUGGGUGGCCCGUGUACGGUUUGGUAUCUGGGCGGCCUUCAAUGCGCGAUGCAUUGGAACGCCUGAGCAGGUGCACCACAUUCCUGAAGCGGUCACCUGCGACCGAGCCGCAUUCCUCCGUCGAUCUGCGGGAAUUAUCCUCCUCAGUUACCUGGGCCUCGAUGUGCUCGGCUCGAUGGGCGAUCCUGAGGUGGGAUCUCGCUUCCUCAUUACAUCUCGGGUGCCGCUGUUUCGGAGAAUUUCUGAAAUCACUACGGAAGAGAUCGUCAUUCGAGUCUUCUCGGGCAUUGCGGCUGGCAUAGGCUUAUUGGCCAGUCAGGGUGGUUUCUAUUAUCUCUUCGCAUUCACCAGCGUUCUUGCGAGGUGGAGUAAGCCGCAGGACUGGCCUCCAUUCUAUGGAGCCUUGUCGGAUGCGUAUAGUCUGCGAAGACUUUGGAGUCGCGUGUGGCACCAAUCAAAUUCCCACAAAUUCCGUAUGAUCUCUCGAUAUUUCUCACGCGAUAUCUUCCGCUUCCAGCCAGGGACGCUUGCCGACCGAUAUGCCAAGGUCGUGAUGGUGUUUGCAACCUCAGCUUUCAUGCACUUGCUCAUCGACCUGUCGUCGGGGCUAUCGCCCUCUAGCUCCGGGGCUGUACAGUUCUUUUGCACGCAGGCCUUCGGAUUAAUGCUGGAAGAUCUGGCCGUCAAUGCCUACUCUGUUAUACUUCGUGGUGGCGGGCCGUCCCGCAACUGGACGGCGUCCCGCGGUGAACGGAUAUUUGGAUUUCUCUGGGUCGGAAGCUUUUUGGUCUGGUCGUUUCCUGCGUAUCUCUAUCCGAUGCUGUAUCGAUCCAACGCUGGUCUCAAUGACUCGGUGGUCCCCGUGAGCGUUGUUGGAAUGUUACAAGGCAAAUAAUGCGAUCUGGUGCAGCCACGGUCGGCAAUGAGCUAUAGUUAAUCAGGUUGCCUAUGGUGUUGAUGCAUAAAGGGGAUGCGGGUUGUGGUUUCAGCCCCAAAAUAUGUGUGGUGAGGUAGUAUUUGGUAUUUUCAAAGUG